AUGCCGACCCCGAGCGCGUUUGGGGAACUGACUGUGCCGAAGCCGCCGAGCGAGCCGGUGUCUGCGCUUGCUUUCUACCGGGAUGCAUCGUCAGAGCGUGCUGCACAGAUGCUCGUCGCGAGCUGGGACAAGACCGUCCAGCUCCACGACCUGAGCCGGUGUGGAGAAGGACCGAGCGGCGUCGCGGUCCUGCAGACGUUUGAGCACCCUGCGGCGGUGCUGGACGUGUGCUGGAUCAACGAGUCGCUUGCGGCGAGUGCGUGUCUCGACCGCCGCGUGCGCCUCCUCAACCUCGCCAACGGCCAGGCGGUGAUCCUCGGCAAACACGACAAUGGCGUGUGCCGCAUCCAGUACGAUGCACACACCGAGCUCCUCUUUUCGGGCUCGUGGGAUAAGACGAUCAAGGUGUGGGACCCUGCGGCGGCGCCGGACGCCGCGCUGCAGCACACACUUGCAUUGCCCGACAAGGUGUUUGCUAUGGACUGCGUGCCGCUCUACCGCGGCGCGCCGACCGUCUCCGUGAAGGAUGCGACGCCGCGCCUGGUCGUCGCGAUGGCCGGCCGCGCAGUGCACGUGUACAACCUCGAGCAGCUCCGCGACGCGAUCCACGCCAAGGCGACCGACGCCAUUGCGCCGGAAAACUCACGCGAGUCGUCGCUCAAGUACAUGCUGCGCGACGUGCGCUGCAUGCCGGACGGCUUGGGCUAUGCCACGUCCUCGGUCGAGGGGCGCAUCGCGGUCGAGUUCUUUGACCCGAGCCCCGAGAGCCAGGCGCAAAAGUACGCGUUCAAGUGCCACCGGAAAGAGGUCGACGGCGAGGACGUCGUCUUUCCGAUCCACGCGAUCGCCUUUAGCCCGGCCUACGGCACCUUUGCAACCGGCGGCGGCGACAGCCACUGCGCGCUGUGGGACCCGGUGGCGAAGAAGCGCAUCCGGCAGUACGUGCUUCCCUCGCCGGUGAGCGCGCUCGCGUUCUCUGCCGACGGCCAUCUGCUCGCGAUCGCGUCCGGCGCCGAGAACCUCGAAGAGGGCGCGGCGCCGGCGCCGGUCCAGAUCCUCAUCAAGCCCGCGGUGGACGACGCCAAGGUACGUUGCUAG